CCCGAGGGCCAGUAGAUACAUCAAAAGGUACACACAACACCUUCCCACAACUCAAUCGCGCACGGAGGCCGACUGGAACAAGACAGGGCUAUCACUUCUCAGCAGUUCGACAACCAUCACAAACAACUAUGGCAGCAGCAGCACGAGUGGUUCUGAUGUUGGGACUGAUGUCAGCCGUCAUGGUAUCAGCCGCCUUAGCCUACACUCCUGCCAGAAUGGACCACAUCGAUGAGGCAAACAACGAUGACGACUCUUUGGAAGAAAGCGUGGAGAAACUGGAGACCCGCUUGGCUCUACGGAAAAGUCUGGUGGAAGUUUUGCGAGAGUUACUUGGAGAGGGACAAGACUCCAACAGCGUCGACGGAAAACGCUACGAACGUGUCAAGUACGCCGGCUGGAGGCCAACAGAGAUGCUGUACACGAAGGGCAAGUGGGCGGCCUGAGGUCACCCCCCAGCCGUCAGCUCUCGGACCUGACAGAGACGAACCUCCGCGUGCCAUUCGGUUAUUAGUAGACUGUGAAGUUAGGCCUGGGGAAAAAUGUUGUGUUUCCUGUUUCCCAACCGACCCUAGAAAAAAGUGCGUAGCCUUUUUUUUGGUGGACCCCUGCAAGGGACAUACAUUUAUAGAUAUUCCGAGCUGACCGAUCUUUUCUAGCUCCACGAUCUGACAUCUGAAUGAUGAAACGUUGUAUAAUCGGUUUUCCAGCAUUGACAUUGAAAAUGAGUGUUCUCAUGCAAGUUUGACUUUGUUGAACUGUAGGUUGGAUCACUAGGGAUCGCAAAGUCUAAAAAAGAAGAGGAAAAAUAUAAUCCCUACCUACUGACCCUAUUUUUUCAGGACAGAAACAGGAAACACAACAUUUUCCCCUAGGCCUUAUGUUUGCCUGUAGACUUUACUGAUGUUUUAUCAAACAGUUACGCUUAUCAAACAACUGCUUUAGAAAGAGAAACGCCGCUUUUAGAUGUUUGCUUCAUUAUGAUGCCGCCAUAGCAUUUUGCUCUUCUUGAACAGCCCUACGUUGACCAACGUUUAUCAAAGAGUAAGGAAAAGAAGUAUCUUUUCGUAUUCUAGAAUGGUAUUGAGCUAGUCCUGAUAAUGGUAAGUUCAUGCCAAAGGUACAAUGCUUGCUAUUUGUACUGCUAACCUACACAUCUUAGCUUACAUAUAGCACAUUCAGCGUAGGCCAUUAUAGAAAAUGAUUGGCUUUUCUGUAUACCAUAGACGAUUUUUAACUUCCCUUUUUGCCUACUAAAGAUUCCAGGUAAAUUGUGUUUCUUUCUUCCUAUAGUUUCGUCGACAUUGCCUUUUCUUCAUAACGGCAGUAGAAUGAAAUUUAUUAUGGCACAUUUUAAUCAAACAAUUCGUAGUUCUAUCUCAUUAUACUUUUACCUCAAUCCAGUAAGCUGUACGUAGUGAAAUUGUACGUGGCAACAUUAGUCGAUUAGAAUAAAGCGCACCUGAAAAUGUAACCACUUUGACUACACUUUGAGAGUUCGUUUUCUUGUGGCUAAUC